AGAGAGAGAGAGAGAGAGAGAGAGAGAGAGAGAGUCAGUCCUUCCUCAUUCAUCCCUUGUACACAUUUCCUUCCUUUUCACGUCCUAUCAACUCUCUCUCUCUGUCUCUCGCAAAACACCCUCCGUCUCGCGAACUAAAAAAAAAAAAACUCUCAAAUAAUAGACCCCCAAAAAGAAAAAACAGAAACGAAUUCGAUUAGGUGUGAGCAAGGAAGAGAUCGAGUUCCAAAAUUGAGAAAACCAGGUUGUCCAAAGAUUUGAAUAGACAACUCUGAUUGAUGGAUUCAUCAUCCGGAGCCGGACCAUCCGACCCGAGCGGAGGCGAAGGUCCAUCGUCUGCAACCGUAGGAGGAGGACGAUCGGAGGAAGGUGCGUCAACGGCGGCGGCGCAGCCUCCUCCGCCGAGUCGGUACGAGUCACAAAAGCGACGCGACUGGAACACGUUCUUGCAGUACCUGAAAAACCACAAGCCGCCGUUGACGCUAGCUCAUUGCAGCGGCGCACACGUGAUCGAGUUUUUGAAGUACCUGGACCAGUUCGGGAAGACGAAGGUGCACGUGACGGGGUGCCCUUACUUCGGGCACCCUAACCCUCCGGCGGCGUGCGCCUGCCCGCUGAAGCAGGCGUGGGGCAGCCUGGACGCUCUCAUCGGGAGGCUCCGAGCCGCCUACGAAGAGAAUGGUGGUCGGCCCGAGUCGAACCCUUUUGGAGCCAGAGCUGUUAGGAUUUAUCUAAGAGAAGUUAAGGAAGGUCAAGCCAAGGCCCGAGGGGUCCCUUAUGAGAAGAAGAAGCGGAAAAGACCCACUACGGCGGCGACUGUGGUGUUGGAAGCAACUACGACUGCUACUCAAGUGGCCGCCGGCGGCGGCGGUAGUGGUGGUGGUGGUGGUGGGGAAGGUAGUAGUGAUGUUGUUCCUCCUACAACUGAAACAGUAUAGUUUUUUCCACUAAUUUUUCACUAUUUCUUCAAGUUUAAUUAUAAAUAGUAUGUAUUUUUUUUAGUUGUAAAUACGAGUUAUAUAACUGGCGAUUCUCUUACGACUAGAUCGACCCAUGAACAAAUCUAGAUAGAAUAGAACUUAGAGCGAUCUCUCGCUCUCUCUCUCUCAAAAGGAUUUUCACCAUUGAUUAUGAAGGUCAUUUUACUAUGGCUGAUCAUGUGAGUACAGAUUUGAGAUGGAGAGAAGAAAAGUUUGAAAGUCU